AUGGAUGCCAAGAAGCACCACCAUGAGGAUGGGGAGAGGAUCCAGGUGUUCCAGCCGCAAAUCCGGGAGAUUGAGGAGGAAGAUCAAGAUGAGGAGCCCAUCCCCUUUCAAGAAACAGUUUGGAACGUGGUUCUUGUCCUCGGCUUCACGGGGGCCGGCUGGAUGGACAUCCUUCUGACCCUGCUCCUUGCGGUAGGGAGCAUCUUCAUGCAAGUGAUGUUCAUCUGGGUGCUCUGCAGCCCUUCCUUUGUGGGCGGCGAGUUCCGGCUGGAGAUCGCAGCUGCCAGAGCUUGGAGAGCCAGUAUCGCACACGACGCGAAGUACAGGGACUUGUCGGGGACCAGCCUCGCAUCCCGUGUCUGCAAUGGGGACGGCUCCCUGAUCCAAUCCAAUGAACAAGCCAACCUCCUUUCGGACAUCAACCAAUUCCUUGGCAAUGGCAGCGAGAGCUUCUCCAGGGCAGGCCUGCCACCUGGGAUUAUCCUCAGCGGGCUUUGCAUCCUGCUUUGGUGCAUGUACUUGAGCAAAGAGUUCCGCGCCAUCUGGAUCUCCGUAGAGGCAUCCCUGCAGAUGCCGCGGGCACGGAGAACGGUCUUCAACAACGGGCGCUUCAUCGCCGUCUCCUACGCCCGACUGGUGGUGUUCUUGACGCUGCGCUUAUAUCGCGUUGGGGUGGCUGGCUUGCUCCUCUAUGCUGGUCAGCAGUGGCUUGCGAAAACUACGAACAUCACCGACCUCAUCUUGAAUGCCGCUGCUCUGGGAACUAUCCUGGAGAUAGACGAGGUGGUUUUUUCCUCGAUGCUGCCGAAGAAGAUCCAGGCGGCCGUCUACGACUUAGAGGCCAUCAAGGUGCGAUACACCCGAGUGAAGAGCCAACUUGAAGCCGCCGUGGUCUUCAUCGGGGUGGUCGCGAUGUUGUUUUUUGCUGCAGACCUCCUUGGCAUGGCCAGUUUCGAGGUAACGAAUCAGGUCGCAACGUAG